CACUCCGUCACACACACACACUCUCUCAUCUCACACUCUCACACACACACACACACACACACACACACACGCGCGUGUGCUUCAGAAUGCGUUUGCAGCGUGCUCUUCUGUUCGCCGCGCUCCUGUUGGGCCUCGUCACCGUGCUCCUCGUCCGAGCCGACGCCACCGACGAUGACGAUGACCACGACGCCGCCGCCGCCGCCGCCGCCGGGGGGGACGAGAGCGGAGCGAUGCUGACGGAGGGCGAGGAGGAAGAGGUGAAGAAGGAGAAGACAGAGGAGAUCACGGAGGAGGAGGGCGUCAUGGUGCUGCACAUCAACAACUUUGAGCGCGCGCUGCGCCAGAACAAGUACCUGCUGGUGGAGUUCUAUGCCCCGUGGUGCGGUCACUGUAAGCAGUUGGAGCCGGUGUACGCGCAGGCGGCUGCGGAGCUGAAGAACUCGUCGGCGGAGGCGCGCUUGGCCAAAGUGGACGCUACGCAGGAGAAGGAGCUGGCCGAGGAGUUCGAGGUGCUCAGCUUCCCCACGCUCAAGUUCUUCACCGACGGACGACGCGCCAACGCCACCGACUUCAGCGGUAAACGGACAGUACAGGGCAUCCUGCAGUGGCUGAACAGGAGAAUGGGACCAAGUGCAACUUCCCUUACCACCACAAGGGGCGCUCAAGAGUUCAUAGAUGCCAAUAACGUCACAAUUGUGGGCUUCUUCAAGUCUCUGGACGCAGAAGUGGUGAAGGUGUUCUAUGAUGUGGCCAUGGAUGUGGUGGACGUUAACUUUGGCAUUGUGAGCAGUCCCAAGAUAUUCAAGCACUUCGGCCUGGAGGAGGACACUGUGGUUCUGUUUAAGAAGUUUGAUGACAAGCGUGCAGACCUGCUAGUCACAGAGAAGCUUGAGAAAGAUGAGGUCGUCACUUUCAUCAGAGACAACGCACUGGAACUGGUCAUCGAGUUCAACGAGCAGAACGCUGAGAAGAUCUUUGGCUCUAAGGUCCACAACCACAUCCUGAUUUUCCUCAACACCACGCUGGAGACCCACAAUGCAUUGCUCUCCGAGUACAGAGACGUCGCCAGCAUGUUUAAGGGCAAGGUCCUCUUCAUCCUGAUUGAUGUGAAUGGGGCGGUCUCUCAUGUGAUGAAGUACUUCGGCCUAUCAGAGAGCGACGCUCCGGCCGUGCGUCUCAUCAACACCGACACGGUGAAAAAAUAUGCCAUAGCAACAGGGGGCGACAUCACCAUGGAAACACUCAAGUCUUUCUGCCAGGGCGUGCUGGACGGAGACAUCAAGCCCCAUAUGAUGAGCCAGGAGGUCCCGGAGGACUGGGACCAGAAACCUGUGAAGGUUCUAGUCGGGAAGAACUUUCAGUCGGUCGUCUUCGAUGAGACCAAGAACGUCUUUGUGGAGUUCUAUGCCCCGUGGUGUGGUCACUGUAAAGAACUGGCCCCUAUUUGGGACCAGCUGGCAGAGAAGUACAAAGACCGUGAUGACAUCAUUAUCGCCAACAUGGACGCCACAGCCAAUGAGGUGGAGGAAGUGAGCGUGUCGGGGUUUCCCACCCUGAAGUAUUUCCCUGCAGGGGCCGAGAAGAAGGCCGUGGACUAUACAGGGAAGAGGGACCUGGAGACGUUCUCCAAGUUCCUGGACAAUGGAGGCGUGCUUCCUGAGGAACCGGAGGAGGACGAGGAUGAGGACGAGGAAGAUGAAGACAAAGACGAAGAUGAAGAUGAAGAUGAAGACGAGGACACAGAAGAAGCUAAUGACACAACCAAGGAUGAGCUGUGAAAACACACACACACACAGAAUUUAUUCUUGUUAUGAUUCAAUACAAACAUACAAACACACA